CAAAUUUAAAAGACCAAAAUAGGACGGAGAUGAAGCUGUGGAAUCGCGGCGCCGUUGUUAUCAAAGACGGACCAAGCCUUUUCGCGGCGGACGAUAUUCUCACAGCAGCAGUCGUGAAAGCUACGAGCCACGACGAGCUCUCAAUUGACACGGAGAGCGCUCAAUUCAUCUACCGUCAUGUCCUCGCUAGCCCGUCGAGCCUCAAGCCUCUAAUAAGCAUAAUCUCGUCUCGCGUGUCACGCACGCGAAGCUGGGCGGUUGCGUUAAAAGGCUUAAUGCUAAUGCACGGCUUCUUCCUCUGUAAGACCACCGUCGCAGAAUCGAUCGGACGGUUACCAUUCGAUCUUUCGAGUUUCGGACAAGGUAGUUCGCGGAUUAUGAGCAAAACCGGUGGGUUUAGUCUCUUCGUACGCGCUUAUUUCGCGUUUCUUGAUCGAAGAUCGAUUCUGUUCCACGAUGGGAGUCGUCAUCGGUACGAUGAGGAAUCUUCGGUUAUGAUUCGACUUGUGAUCAUACGUAAGAUGCAAGUAAUCGUGGAUUCGUUGAUUAGGAUUAAACCUAUUGGUGAGAACAUGAACAUACCUUUGAUCGAUGAAGCAAUGGAGAAUGUGGUUAGUGAGAUUCUCGAGAUUUAUGGUUGGAUUUGUCGUCGGAUCGCUGAAGUUUUACCUAACGUGCAUUCCAAGAUUAGGAAAACAGAGGCGGAUUUGGCGUUGAAGAUCGUUACUAAAUCAAUGGUUCAAAGUAAAGAGCUUGUCAAGUAUUUUGAGUUUUGUAGAGAUUUGGGAGUCUCUAAUGCUCAAAAGGUUCCUGAUUUCGUAACGAUUCCUGAAGCGGACGUGUUACAUCUCGAUGAACUUGUACGGUCACAGGUGAAAGAAGAAGCGACGGAGACAGAUUCGUGUGAGGAAGAUGCAGAGAUCGUUGAAGAAGAAGAAGAAGGAGAGACGAAAUUGACUCUUUAUGAUUUGAUAACACUUGAUCAGAAUGAUGAGGAAGCACCUGUUUCUCCUCCUCCUCCUCCUCCUCCCAGAGUUGUUGAUAUUCCUGACUUAAUUAGCUUUUAAUUAUGUUUAUGGUCUGUAUUAAUUUGGAUUGUUGUUUUAUUAUUGUUCGUUUCAAUUUAGCGCU